AUGCCAAAAACCUUGCAGCUGGGUCGACAAACCCGCCAAGGAAAACUAGAAAAGCCUUCCCGAUUGGAGGCGGUCGGGGUAGGCGACAAGCAAAAACGUCUUCAUGUUUACGAUAGAACAACCGGUCGCAAAUUUCUGGUUGACACAGGCGCGGACGUGUCGAUCAUUCCCGUUUCCUCUACGAACAGGAAAUCGCCAACUGACUUAAAGUUAUAUUCCGCAAAUAACACCGCAAUCAAAACGUAUGGUGAAAUGCGCUUAACACUUAAUCUCGGAUUACGGAGGCCAGUAACGUGGAAUUUUUGCGUAGCCGAUAUCCCAUUCGCUAUUCUGGGCGCGGACAUUUUAUCGCACUACCGCUUGUCAGUUAAUUUACACGAUCAAGUACUAAUUGACCAGGUUACGUCGCUCAAAGCUAAGGGCAAAGUAACUUUGGCACCUGCACUAAAAGUCUCAGUCAUCAAUUACUCUUCGGACUUCGCUCACAUCUUCGCCGAAUUCCCUACGGUAACGGGUGUCGCGCAAGAUCUUUCAUUCGUCCCGCGAGCAGUAAACCAUCAAAUAUUUACAACCGGUCCUCCUGUCACCGAACGCUCGCGCAGGCUUCCCCCAGAAAAGUUAAGCGUAGCAAAAGCCGAAUUUAAACGUUUAAUGGAACUUGGUCUCUGCAGAUCAUCCAGUAGCCCGUGA